AUGCACCGGGAGAAGAUAUCCCCCGACCUCGUCGUGCAGCUCUUCCAGCUGCACUGGGAGGAGAGCGAGAGAGAGAAGGCGGCGGCGGCGGCCGCGGCGGAGGGAGGGGACGGCGUGGACGGCGUGGACGGCGACGGCGACGGCGGCGGCGGACGCGCGGCGAGGAAGAUCUCGAUAAAAGACGAGGCUGUCCUCGCGAGCGCGGAGGUCUUGCGGCACUUCGCCGCGGAGAUCGUGCACAGGGCGGUGGAGAUCGCGGCGCAGGACGGGGACGACACCGUGGACGGCGGGCACCUGGAGCGGAUACUCCCGCAGCUGAUGCUCGACUUCGCGACGUGA